AUGGCGACAUUGUUAGACCCGAAAUGGCGACACUCUGUCGCCACAACACGGCGUAACCCGCACCCGACAGUGCCCUGCUCGCCCAAAACACCCACCUCAAACGGCUAACCAUGUCCUCAUUCGCUCGCCGUUCUUUCACAUUCAUUACUACGUCGACUAAAAUUUAUCCCCGCUUUACGCGACCCGCUCCAAGUCUUUUCCAGAUUAAACCCCUCUCCUCUUCUUCCUCCCGAACGGACCUACCACCUCGACAACAAGGCCUCCAAAACCAAAUCUUCUGCCUCUUUUCUCUCUUUCUCCUCGGUAUCUUCGCCGAUGGGCUCUCUCUCUUCUCCCGACCUCCAUCUUCAAUAUCCAAUUGCUCGCAGAGAUGAGUCCGUCGUUGAUGAUUAUCAUGGCGUCAAGGUUGCUGAUCCUUAUAGAUGGCUCGAAGAUCCUGAUGCUGAAGAAGUAAAAGACUUCGUACAGAAGCAGGUGAACUUGACCGAGUCGGUGCUUAAAAAGUGCGAUGUAAGGGACAAGCUCCGCGAGAAGAUUACAAAGGUUUUUGAUCAUCCACGCUAUGAUACACCCUUCCUGCGAGGCAGCAAGUAUUUUUACUUUUACAAUACUGGACUACAAGCCCAAAAUGUCCUUUAUGUGCAGGAUAGCUUAGAUGCUGAACCGGAGGUUUUGCUUGAUCCAAAUGCACUCAGUGAUGAUGGAACAGUCUCCUUGAACACCUUGGCAGUUAGCAAGGAUGCGAAGCACUUGGCGUACGGGCUUAGUUCAAGUGGCAGUGAUUGGGUGACAAUCAAGGUUAUGCGGGUCGAGGAUAAGAGAGUGGAGGCUGAUACCUUAUCAUGGGUGAAGUUUUCGAGUAUAAGCUGGACCAAUGAUAGCAAGGGCUUUUUCUAUAGCCGCUAUCCAGCUCCCACCGAGGGAGAAGAAUUAGAUGCUGGAACAGAGACUAAUUCUAACCUUUAUAACGAGUUGUACUACCAUUUCGUGGGUACUGACCAAUCUGAAGAUAUUUUAUGCUGGAAGGAUCCUGAAAAUCCCAAAUAUAAGUUUGGGGCCAGUGUUACAGAAGAUGGAAAGUACCUACUCUUGUAUAUUGAUGAGAGCUGUGACCCGAUCAAUAAAGUCUACUACUGUGACAUGUCCUCCCUUCCCAAUGGUUUUGAAGGGUUCAGGGAAAACAAUAGCCUUCUCCCAUUUGUUAAGCUAAUUGAUGGAUUUGAUGCAUACUAUCAAGCUGUUGCAAAUGAUGGCACUUUGUUCACUUUCCUGACUAACAAAGAUGCUCCAAAAUAUAAAUUAGUUCGAGUUGAUCUCAAUGAACCAACUAAUUGGGCUGAUGUCGUCCCAGAAGCUGAAAAAGAUGUUCUUCAAUCAGCUUUUGCAGUCAAUGGUAAUCAAAUUAUUAUGAGUUACUUGAGCGAUGUGAAGUAUGUUGUGCAGAUAAGGGACUUGGAAACAGGUUCCUUCCUACACCAGUUGCCCAUUGAUAUUGGUACAGUGUAUGGAAUUUCUGCACGGCGUGAGGACAAUAUGUUUUUUCUUGGUUUUACCAACUUCCUUACUCCUGGCGUGAUAUAUCAAUGCAACUUAGCAAGUGAGGUUCCAGAAAUGAAGAUAUUUCGUGAAACUGUUGUGCCUGGAUUUGACCGCUCAGGGUUCCAUGUCAAUCAGGUUUUUAUUCCCAGUAAGGAUGGCACUAAGAUACCGAUUUUUAUUGUGGCUGAAAAGGAUAUCAAGUUAGAUGGAUCGCGCCCAUGUUUGCUCUAUGGGUAUGGUGGAUUCAGCAUUAGUAUAACACCAUCAUUCAGUGUCAGUCGAAUUCUGCUCUGUAGGCAUCUAGGUGCUGUUUUCUGCAUUGCAAAUAUUCGUGGAGGUGGAGAGUAUGGAGAGGAAUGGCAUAAAGCAGGCUCACUUUCAAAAAAGCAGAACUGCUUUGAUGACUUCAUUUCUGCUGCUGAAUUCCUUGUAUCUUCAGGUUAUACCCAACCUAGUAAGUUGUGCAUUGAAGGAGGAAGUAAUGGUGGGCUUCUUGUUGGAGCUUGCAUAAAUCAGAGACCUGAUCUCUUUGGUUGUGCUCUGGCUCAUGUUGGUGUUAUGGACAUGCUUCGAUUUCACAAGUUCACCAUAGGUCAUGCAUGGACUUCUGAUUACGGUUGUUCUGACAAGGAGGAAGAGUUUCAUUGGCUUAUCAAGUACUCUCCACUACAUAAUGUCAAGCGACCAUGGGAACAGCAUCCUGAUCAGCCUUCCCAGUAUCCAUCUACCAUGUUAUUAACUGCAGAUCAUGAUGAUCGAGUUGUGCCAUUGCACACACUAAAAUUAUUGGCGACAAUGCAAUAUGUGUUAUGCUCGAGCCUGGAAAAUAAUCCCCAGACCAACCCCAUCAUAGGUCGUAUUGACUGCAAGUCCGGACAUGGAGCAGGGCGUCCAACGCAGAAAAUUAUUGAUGAAGCUGCUGACAGAUAUGGCUUCAUGGCCAGGGUGUUGGGUGUUUCUUGGAUCGAGUAACUGGUGUCUCCUUUUUUUCAUUUUGAUCCAGAAUACCUUAGGCUCGUGAUUUGACGCUGGACCAGAUCACAUUGCAACUUUUAGUAUUUUUUUUUUUCCCAGAAUAUUUGCUACUUAUUUCUUCUCAAGGUUUUUGGACUGAACGUUAAAAGUCGUAUUACUGUUUAACCUAUAUUUUAUCGGCUGAAAGAGAUGUACGUUAUACUUAUAGUGAAAUAUAUGAAAAUAUUAAUUGGAA